AUGUUUCAUGGAACAAUCACAAAAGAGCUCACCUGCCAUGAGGAAUGGAGUCACUAUAAUGAAAAUAUAAUAGAAGAUCAGAAAGACUUUGUGUUUGUGAAGUAUAACGGCCUUCACCUGAAGUCCAUGGAGAACCUGCAGUCCUGCAUCUCUCUGAGAGUCUGCAUCUUCUCUAACAACUUCGUUACUGACAUCCAGCCACUGCAGAACUGCAAAAAGCUCAUCAAACUUGAUCUCCAUGGCAACCAGAUAAAGACUCUUCCAGAUAAGAAAUUUUGGAGUGGACUCAAGAACCUAAAACUCCUCUAUCUUCAUGACAAUGGAUUUGCCAAACUGAAGAACAUCUGUGUUUUAUCCGGUUGUGCAAGCCUCAUAGGGCUGACCAUGUUUGACUGCCCAGUGAGCCUGAAGAAAGGCUACAGGCAUGUUCUUGUCAACAGUAUCUGGCCGCUAAAAGCUCUGGACUACCAUGUGAUAUCCGAUGAAGAGAUCAUUCAGAACUGGCAUCUUCCAGAGAGAUUUAAAACAUACAGCCACAGUCUAUUCUUUAAUCUUUGCCCAACAUUGAUCAAGGGUACAACAUAUGAAGAUGAAAUAAAAAAUAUCAAACAUAUAAUUUCAAGGAUUAAUGAAAUUCUGGCUCAUAAUUCACCAGUGUUGAUUAUCCAAAGAUGGAUACGUGGUUUCAUAGUUAGGAAACACUUAAGCCCCUAUUUUACACGUAAAAAGCAUCACGGCAAAAUGAUUAGGGUACUUGAAACAAAAUUGAUCUGCAUAGGUAGAAGUAAUGAAGACAAAUUCUUGGAGGAUAUCUUCCUUAUCAAGCCUGAAUCUAACAUAAAAGGGAAGGUUGCACACUGGAAACAAAUGAGAUAUUCUCCUGCUGACAUUAAAUAUUCUACUGAAUACAGAAAACACAUUUCCUGUCUUUCAUAUGAAUUGAAAACAAAAUAUAUUGAUGGAAAAUCAAAAAAACCAAGACAUCACAUUCAUAAAGGUCAGAAGGAAAUGAAAGCUGAAUCUGAGGAUGAGGAAGUAGACACCAAGUUUAGGAUAUCUGCAGUGAAGAUCCCUCUAUAUUCCUCCCGUUCACUCAAGUAUGGGGACAUGCUGAAGGAGAUGAAAUGGGACUAUUUUCCAGAAUAUCUGCAGCCAUUUCCUGCCACUCGUCAAAAGCCACCAGUUAAAAGAGAGUCUCAUCGGCAGCUAAGGGAAAGGAGAGAGUUUCUAGCCACGCAGAGGGCUGGCAUGAAGCUCCACAUGUUUGAUGAUAUUGAUCAAUAUUAUGCAGAACAAAAGCAGCAAGAGGAAGAAGCAAGAAAAUUCGCAGCCAUGGUUGCAGCACAAGUUGACCAGGAAAAAGCUAGGCUCAACAUUAGAGAAAAUUUAAGGAAGAAAAUUUCUAUGGCAAGAAAACUAAUGGAAAAGGACAAUGAGACAGUCCAGAAAGGCUUACAGAGAAUCUGGAGGGAGAGACUCGCCUACCUGGAAAAAGUUAGAGAGCGGAAAUCUAUGUUUCUAGCCGAAAAAAAAAUUAAUGCUGCAGACCAGUCUUUAGUUCUUUCCCUCAACAAUGAGAGGUCAGUUCUGCUGAAAGGAAUCGUUCAAGUUGAUAAACUGAAGAGAAACUUGUCUGAAACAAAAGCAAAGCACUUAGAUGUUACUGAAAAAUGGGAAAACCAAAAAUAUAAGCAGAAUUUGUUGAUGGAAAUGAAGAAACUAAGGGCGGAAGAAAUACAUAAAAGGCACUGUGAAGAGAAAUUUGUUAUUGAUACACUCAUCUUACAAAAAACCUGUGAAAGACUUGAGGAGGCUAAAGCAAAAGUUGAAUUUAUUAAGACAUAUUAUACCUCUAAGUCUCACAAAAAGCAUAAUAAUGAGCCAAUGCCAGAUCACAUCUGA